AUGGCGACUCUGGCAGAACCCCCUACGGUCAUGUCAUCAUCAACCUCGCCCAUGCCGACCGUGUACGAACAGGACAUUGACAGCUUCAUCAACCUCGAUCAACUCACCUACACAUCCGCCGAACCGGCCCGACCAAAAGCCAUCCUAGCAAGCCAGCCUUCUCUCCCCAGCUCAGAUUUCACCGCCGGCGAUGUUCGCAGUGCGACAUUUGCUGCCAAUGGUCACUCACCUAUGGCCUUCCAAGGGCCUAGCCACCAAUAUGAUGAACACAAGCAGCAGACUGGUCUGCCACCAGGAGCUCUAGCUCAGGCAAUGAACUUCAAUCAGAUGGCCGGCGUGACUUUCGGUAACGCGAGCCCUGCUUACCAGAUGAAUGGCGACAUGUUCGCUAGCAGCCACAUGAAGCGGGAAGACACGUCAUUCGAUUUCAAUAACAUGUCUUCUCGUAACCCGUCUGAAAUGGACCUGGAGUCUGACGGCAUGGGUGCGGUCCCUUACUAUCUCUCACCAAAUGUCAACAAGAAUCAAUUCAUCGAUCCCAAUGCCCUUGGAGGUCACGAAGUCGUCCCUGCCGGGCCUUCCACUCAGGUCGGCCGCAUGUAUCCGGGAAUGCACCAGCAACAAGCAGCCAUGGCAAAGGCGGUUCAACAACAACAACAACAACAGCAACAAAAACAACAUGAGAUGCUUCGUCAGCAGCAACAGCAACAACAACAACAACAACAGCAACAGCAACAGCAGAGCCAGCCCCCUCGCGCCACGAACCCUGCCGUGGAGGAACGGAUUACGCGCCUUUUGCAGCAGAUGAGACAGAACGCUAUGGGUGCUAUCGAGGACACGCCAUCACCCUCUUCGUCCUUGCCUCAGAUGGCAAAGAUGAGGAAGGAUGAGCAGGAUAUGGAUGAAGAUGAAAGGUUACUUGCCAGUGAAGAAGGAAAGAAACUCAGUAGCAAGGAACGUCGGCAGCUGCGCAACAAGGUUUCGGCGCGCGCUUUCAGAUCGCGCAGAAAGGAAUAUAUCGGCCAACUUGAGUCAGAGGUUGCUGCACGAACCAAUGAAGCCCACGAACUACGUCUUCAGAAUCGUGUUUUGUACGAGGAAAAUGCUCGUCUCACUGACCUUGCUCGCAUGCUCCUCUCCUCCCCUCAUUUCUCUCAGUUCCUGGAUGAGAUGAGCGUCAAUGGCGUCCCCGCUCCCAAUCUUCCUCAAUCUCAAAGCCAGGUCCCUCAAUCCCAGCAGCAGCAGCAGCAGCAGCAGCAGCAGCAACAGCAACAGCAACAGCAACAGAUAAAGCCUCAGUCUCAACCACAACCCAUGGGGCAGCCGCCCAUGCAAGCUAGCAUGCCGAGAGAGGCCACUCCUAAUCACGGUCUCCCAAUCCCUCAGAACCCUCAGGUUGGCAUGGUCAUGGUUCCUAAUCAAACGAUGGAUGUUUCUGCGAUGAGUCUCAACAAUGGGGCUUGGAACACCGGAAUUGACAUGAGCUAUGGCAACACUCCUGUCUUUGCUGUCCUCGAGGUUCCGGAGGGUCCCGCCCUCGACGCAGAGAUUCUCUCCGGAAAGAGCUCGACCUUGCUCGGAGCAUGUUUGCCAGAAGUAUCGUCUGCAAAGGAUGAACUCCCUAGGAUCGAGCGGCCGCCAAACACAGAGCAGCAGAUGGAUGAUUCUCCUGUUGGUGUCGAGAACCCGGAUAUUCAAAUUGACGAGUCUGACCCUGCUUUCGCCCUCCUCGCCGACUCCCCUGCCAGAGAUUCGUCGUCAGACUCCCCUGCGGACUUCGCUUGCACCAUCCAAUCUGAAAAGUCGACGCCUGCAUUUGAGCUGGUCGUCGAGAAUGAGUCCAAGGCCACUGCAGACCGCUUUGUCGGUCUUUGCAACAGCUCUUCUUGCUUCUCCAGAGCUGCGUCGUACCUCAAGUCGCGUCGUCGGGUCUACGAAGGCAUAUCUGGGCCUCCCAAAUCUUCAGUCUCACACCAGUACUUCGAUCGUCCGCUCAAGGCUCUUCGCACACGCGACCUUCGCCGCGAGAUCAAUCCAGACGCCUAUCUUCUCAGAGCCCCCAAACUCGAAUUCAGACGAGGGAAAACCUACAUUUUAUACAACCCUGCUUCGCGCCAAGGCUCUGGCUUCGACUCUAUACCUACUUCCCCUGUGGGAAACAAACCAAUGAAGUUCUACUAUCAGGUGCUGACGACGCCGACGGCCGAUACGCCGGGCACGACCGUCGUCCUACAUUUCCCGGACAAGCGGUAUUUCUUUGGGCAGAUCUCGGAGGGGACCCAGCGGGCGUGUACGGAGCGCGGUGUCAAGCUAUCCUACCUUACGGAUAUUUUUCUCACGGGGCGGACGGAAUGGGCGAAUAAUGGCGGGUUGAUUGGUGUGAUUCUCACGUUGGCGGAUGGGCUGGCGAGCGCCGCGAGUGCGCUGGAGCUUACUGCGCGUGAGAAAGAGGCCAAGGGCCGUGGCGGUCAGCAUGUUAAACAGCAGUCGUACCAGCAGCAGCAGGACGGGCAGGCUGACAGAGGCACAUUGACGAUUCAUGGUGGUCGGAACCUGACGCACACCCUGGCCACUGCGCGAAGAUUUGUUUUUCGCAAGGGGAUGCCGGUUUUUACGAGGGAGUACGACUCGGACACUCUGUCCAAGUCUGGUUCUCAGGCACGCGCCGCUGAUCCCUUUGAGCAGCCGACCUGGUCGGACAGGAACAUCAAAGUGUGGGCCAUGCCAAUUCGACCCUCGCCGUCGCAGCGGUCAAGAAGGAUAUCGCCUCAAGCGGGGCCUCAGAGUCCGAGAAAGAGGAGCUUGGACGAGUUCCAGGAGCGCGACGCUGACAAGCCUGCUCUGGACCAGCGCGCCCAGGACCACAUCAUGAGGCAAUCGGUCAUCUCCGACAUGUUUAAUUCAUCAUGGAGGAUGGAUGCUCUCGUCGAGACUCCUUUGGCUGAAGUCAGAAUGCCUGCGAUCAUGUUCGUCCGGGAUCCCGAAACCAAAGACCUCAAGCCGUACAAUGGCCCUGCUCCUGGAAGUGACAAGCCACUUCCCGACAUCAAGGUACUCGUGCGUCAACCCUGGCCUGGAGCCAGUGUGGAGAAACUACCACCCACGACGCGGUGCGAUGAGGCGGUUUCUUAUAUCGUGCGCAAUCACGAUCUCAGAGGCAAAUUCGAUCCACAAAAGGCGAAAGAGCUUAACGUUCGCGCCGGUCCCAACUUUGCGCGCCUGACGAAGGGCGAGAAUGUGCUGUCUGAGGACGGAAAGACCGCCACCCCGGAUAUGGUCUUGGGUCCACCACGGCUCGGGAAGGGGUUGGCAAUCAUUGAUCUGCCUACUUCUGACUACGUCGAUGAUUUGGUUGAUCGACCGGAAUGGAACUCGGCCGCUGUCACCACGGGACUAGAGGCAUUUCUGUGGAUUCUAGGACCGGGUGUGGGUGACCAUCCUCGCCUCCGCGAGUUUGUCACUCGCAUGUCUCAUUGCAAACACACCGUCUCCAGCACGGAUUACUGUCCCAACUACUUGGCACUGAGUAGCGUGGCAGGGUCCUCCAUCAGGCUGGCUAGGUUGCGCGGCGAGAAUUAUCCCGUCCCCGUUCAUGAUAACAAGACCCUGCCACAGCCAGGUACUCCUACGUGCGAAUCAGAGACGACCAAAGAAAUGAUCCGCAACUCGCCAUUCGAACCGAUCAAACCCGGCCUGGUCAUCGACAUGGAACCCAAAUUCGAGCUUAACCGCUCAGAGGUCGUGCCAUUGUUCAACCCUGCCGAGACCGUGCAGAAGAUCCCUCGCUCCAUCGAGCAGCGGGUGACUGCCAUCCGUAGGCGGGUCAUGAAACCCCAGUUUCAAGAGAAACUGGCCGAGUUUCGUAAAGACCUUCCUGGAGCCAAUGUGGAGAUUGUAACUCUGGGAACUGGCUCGUCCUCGCCGUCCAAGUACCGCAACGUCUCCAGCACUCUUGUCAACGUGCCUGGGGUGGGAUCCUAUCUGCUUGAUUGUGGCGAGAACACUAUCGGCCAGCUCAAGCGGAUGUACGAACCGAAGAAGCUGCAAGAGGUGCUGCAGAACCUUCGGCUGAUCUGGAUCAGCCAUCUGCACGCUGAUCAUCAUCUUGGCACUGCUUCCGUCAUCAGGGAAUGGUUCCGUGCGAACUACCCGAACGGCGUACCCCGAGCAGGCAGCGUCGAGACCGACAUACGCAAGAUCCUCCAAGACAAACGCCUGUUUGUCGUGUCCGAGGAGAUGAUGGUCGGCUGGCUUGAGGAGUAUGCCGGCGUCGAGGACUACGGUUUUGGAAAGCUAGUGCCUCUGGCUGCCCAUCCCAGCUACGUCAACGGAGACUUCAAGACAAAAUUCACCUACCGUCACUGCCGUGACGACGGCUCCUACCCCGGGCGUGAAGCCGACGGGAGCCGGCCUCAGACGUCCACCCUCGACUUCAACGACGAUUCCUCCCCUGUGACCCCGCUCCUGCGUCAGGCCACGGGGCUCGCCGAUAUUCUCACAGCUCGGGUCUCACACUGUCGUGGUGCCAUGGCCGUCUCCCUCGUCUUCCCUGACGGCUUCAAGCUCUCCUUCUCCGGCGACUGCCGCCCCUCCGCCAACUUCGCCACCAUCGGCCGCGACUCGACCGUGCUCAUCCACGAAGCCACCUUCCAAGACGACAUGGCCGUCUCCGCCAACGCAAAGAAACACUCCACCACCUCCGAAGCCCUGKAAGUCGGCCGCAUGAUGCAAGCCCGCACCGUCGUCCUCACCCACUUCAGCCAGCGGUACCAAAAAGUCGCACAUGUCGAUCACGGCGCAGGCACCGCAAAACCAGACCCCCAACCCAAGCCCGCCCCCAUGGCCCGCGAGGACCUCGACGUCCCAGACGAUGAACCAGUCGCCGAACCCGAACCCUCCACCCUUACCGUCACGGAAAACAAGCCACCCCUCAAAGCCCCCGUCACCGCCGCCUUCGACUACAUGCGCAUCCGCGUCGGCGACAUCCCCAUCGCGCAGGCCUUCGCCCCCGCCGUCGAGAAGCUGUUCGAUAUCCUCGAGCGUGCCUCAGCAGUCGAAGCAAACAAGCAGAAGAAAAUCCGCGAAGCGGCCGAUGCCCUGGCGAAAGAGAAAAAGCAAAAGAAGAAGAAGGGGGCCGCUGAGCCUGAGCCUGCGUCUGCGUCUGCUCCCGCUGCCGGCGAGGCCAUGGAUAUCGACCAGGGUCGGUCCGUGUGGAGCGCCAGCGAAAGCGAGAGCGGAUGGGGCUCGAGCGACGACGAGUGGAUGGAUCGGUUUUGGCGUGGGAAGCACAGUCGGAGUCGUAGUCAGAGUAGGAGUAAGGGUCGGGGCGGACGGCGCUCGAGUCCCAGUAUUCGGACGAAGAGCGGUGAUGCUGCCUAG